UACUGCCAACUUUACUGCCAUAUUGAGCAGGCCAAUGCACUUCUUAUAUCACUAUUUGGACAUUCGGUGACAGGAACCUAAUAAAUUUUAUAACUACAUAUCGGUCUGUCCUGUUGAUUAUAUAAUUGACUGAUAAAAAGUUUAUGUUAUAACAAUUAAACUAUUUACAUUUGAAGAUGGUUACAACCAUGUGGUGGAAUAGAAAACUGGAAAUUUAAUGUCGAAUAAAAAUACGAGAAUAAAUUGCAAAAAGUGGAAAGAAUGCCGAGUUGUGGCAGCCUGUUCAGGAUCAUUAGACGGCGCCUCGUACUUGGGCUCAUCUUUGCUUUGUCUCUUACCUACUGCGCCUUUUCACUUUUUCGUAACGAGAAAAAGACAUUUGCUUUGGAUAAUGAUCUUGAUGACAUGGACCCUAUGCUAAUUAAUGACAAUAAUGAUGACUUAAUUUCUGAUGAUGAUGCAUUAUCGGAGCAAUUGAGGGCAUCUGGUAAACCACCACUGUGGCAGAUGGCAAUUGUUGAUCAAGGGGCAAACGAGAAUCCAUUAAAUGUGGAAGCAGUGUCAAAUUUAAAUGACACCGAUACUAUGGUUCAUCCUUGUCGUAAUUCCAUACAGGGCAAAGUUUUAAUAGUAGAUGAGCGUGGUGUUGUAUGCUCUAGACAAGAAAUUUUGCCUAAUGGUUGCUGUAAUAUGGAGCAAAAAGAUUCUAAUAAAAAUGAGGAUACAUCAACUAUAGCCAAGAAAGAGAGGUAUAGUUGUAAAACAUGUAAUGCUCAAGGGUGCUGUGCUAUCUAUGAAUAUUGUGUUUCCUGCUGCCUACAUCCUGGCAAGCAAAUAAAGGGGAGGAAGGAUGUGCUAUUAGGUUUACUUAGAGACAAUCAUAAAGCACACAGGGACCAAGAUGUAGUGAAGAAACGGCUUCGCAAUCUAGACCGUUUUCAAGUUUGUCUGGCUGCGUGUCGUACUUCCAGCGCAAGCGUCCGGCACGAGAAUACCUAUAAAGAUCCACAUUCGAAGCAUUGUUACACUCUUCAACCACCAUAUUCACAUCAAAGGCAUCGUCGUGAUGUUGAUUCAUACAAUAAUAAUGACGACAACUCUGUUGUCGUUGCACCUUUUUCUGUUAUGCCAUUACUUACCCUCUUCUCUCCUUUCUGCCUACUUAUACAUGCAAACAACAAUUCGCUUUUACUAUCGUGUAACUAUCGUUUACCGAUGUUUGAUUAUUACUUUCACGUACAACCGCCUUGAAAUAUAAGCUAAAUUUAUAGUAUAAUGUUUUUGAUGAAAAUGAUUGAGAUCAGCGUACGGGGUUGGAUUUGUAACGUUAUAGAUUUUGGUAGCUAAUGUUUCAGCGAGGAGGAAGUUUUCCAUUCGAUUUUGAAUUUUACUCACCUAAUUUUUAUCGAUAGUAAUUUUAAAAACUAAAAGCAACGACUUGACUUUUAUUCUUUAGUUUAUAAUAUAUUUCUGAAUAUAAACAUUUUAUUACUGAGUAAUAGCAAGAAAUGGAUUGCUUCCAUCUUUGUAAUUUAUUCAUGCCUGAUUCACGAAUUAGAAAGAAAUGAAAAAAAGCCAUGUCGUCUGGUUCCAUUUUGAGGUAUGUCCGGCACGUGGUCUUGAGUAAAUUUUUUGAAAAGAACUAUAUGUAUUUCGUGAUUUGAAGUGACAGAUUAUAUUCAAGUUUGUAUAAAAAUGUGUUUGAAUCAUACCGUGAAAGUGGCCUGAUUCUAGAAAUCCAAACAUAUGUGUGCCAGGAAGCAACACCCGGAAAGUGAUAUAAAUUCCGGAAAUUGAAAACAUAGAAAUCGAAGAUUAAGCAAUUCCUUAAAGGAGGAAAAGAUAUAGUAAAUUAAUAUUUUCAAAAAUUAGAUUCGAAAAAUUUACAAAAUUCUUAUAAAAGUUUUUACUUAGCUUCUGAAGGUAAAAGGAAAUCAGUAUUGAUCUGAAAUUAAUGCAAGUAUUAAAUUGGAAAAUUAAAAGUGUUUGAAUGAUAUCAUAACAUUUGAAACAUUCGCUUGAAGAUAGGUUUAUUAUGUUACUUAAGAACAAAAAUUACUUUGGGGCUGGGACAAAUGGCAUUGGUUAACCGUAACGUUUUAUACACUAUUGGACAAUAUUUAGUCAUAAAUCUUACAUUUCAUGUUACAAAACUUAAAUGAUUUUAACCAUAAACUUUCAUUAUAUUCAACAUUUUAUAUUUUAAUUUUCUUUAAAUUUAUAUUUUCGAACAAAAAUUAAAUUUUCUGCUAUUAGGGAAAAUUUGAAGAAAUUAUAUUGUUGAAAAUAUAAUAAGAAAUUUUGGCUUUUUUAGAAAAAAUGGAACAUUCCAUAUCUUACAAUAAGGAGAUUGUAUAAAUUCUAAUCUUCCAGUAAAAUACUUGAUAAAAUCAAGUGUUCUCGUAUUCUACGAGGACAAAAAGGAAAUCGAUAUUACUUAGAGCACUAAAUCCGAUAUUAGAAGGUUUUGUAAUCAGCAUACUGUACAUAGCCGUGAUAUUUGUCUCGGUGAAAGUUUCCACAACAUCGAGAAUACUUUUAUUUUGUAUAUUUUCACGGAAAAUUUCGUCAUGAUUUAUUUUCUUCACAUCGUUCAUCAUAAUCAAACCAUUACAUGGGUUUCAUCGAUUGUUACAUCGGUUGUUAAUCAUAACAUCGUCACGAAUCCGGGAAGAUAAUUACAUAUAUAAAUAUCAGAGAAAUAAGAUCAGCCCCCAAACACGACGUCUGUGACGAUGACUAACGAACGAAUAAUAAAUCAGCUACUGGUGGAAUACAAUGAUUCAUUUCCAAUUGUGGAGUAAUGUAAUUAAUUAUUUAAAUUUCAAGUUUACGCUACUGUUGAAUAAUUAAGCAAACAAUAUGUAAUGUUUGUACGCACGCAUUGAUUGUGGCUGAUAAAAUUGGAAUUCCGUGGCAUAUAUCGACAUUCUCCGAAAUUUUUGAAUACGUCCUAUUAUUCAUGUUGCUGCGUAUUUGAAAUGUCAGUCAUUUUCAAAACUGUUUGCGGCUGGUUUAUAUCGUAAGAAAUUUAUUUUUAUUUCUUUUGUGUCUCGUAAAUUCAUUUUAUUUUAUCGCUUAUUGAUUUAUUUGAUUUUGAAUGUUUUACGGAGAUCGGUAUACUUUUGGUGUCAUCCGACGAAAAUCUCUUUUGGUAUCAAACGAGAGACCAACAGGUAUUUAUUUUUUCCAUAAAAUAAUAGCUGAGUUAACCUCAGUUUGAUUCACCUUUUUUUUUUUUUAAAUAUAGCACUUCUGCUAUUUUUUUUACAGGAUCUUUACUCUGAGAUAAUGCUGAAACAAAAAUUUAUAAACGAAUUAGAUGAAACAUUUUCGAAAUUUCAUUAAUGGGAUGAAAUAUAUAUGUAUAUAGCAAGAAAGAAUUUAGUAAAGUUUUAUGAAAGGUAUGAUAUUAUUUUUUAUUUUUCAUUUUUUAGUAACUAUUGCAAUGAAUAAAAAAAUGAUUCGUUAGAAAUAUUGCUCUUAACUAGGACGACAAAAAUAAGUGGCUUUAGAGAGAGAUUAUGUAGUCAAUAAAUUAAAUAUCAUCAAACUAAAAUUUCUCAAAAAAAAAGAAAAUAUCACAGAACAA